AUGUCGGCGGACGCCGAAAGUGGAACGGGCGCGGGGAGCUGGGCGCCAGCGAGCCUCUCCCCGGCUUUCUCCGAACUCUUCCUCGUUUCUAAGCAUCGUGCUGAGGCCGGGCAGGUGGGCCGCGGGGGCUGCGGCAAGCCGGACCUGCGUAGCAGAGGAGGGCCUUGGGCAGGAAAAUGGCACGGACCAAACUGGACUGUGAGGAAACCAGGUGGAAAGCAGGCUGAAAGAGGGAGAACUGAACUUCGGAGCUCCUCGGGAAGAAGCCUAGAGGUGUUCCUGGGAGAGGUGGGCCUGCGCCAGCUGGACAUGUCCUUGCUCUGUCAGCUGUACAGCCUCUACGAGUCGAUUCAGGAGUACAAGGGUGCAUGCCAGGCAGCCUCGAGCCCAGACUGCACGUACGCUCUGGAGAACGGCUUCUUCGACGAGGACGAGGAGUACUUCCAGGAGCAGAACUCCCUCCACGACAGGAGGGACCGAGGCCCUCCUCGGGACUUGUCACAGCCACUCUCCCUGCUCUCCAGCGGCGACUGGAUUCUGGAGUCCAUCUAGAGGGCCUCUGGAGGGAGGCGACUGGCAGGGAGGCCCUUUCUGCCGGACACGCUGCCAGCCUGUGCUUCCAG